AUGGAGACCGUGACGCCCGUGCCUCCGGCAUAUGCGAACGACAAGGUCGUUGAGGAGCAGAAGUACUCUCCCUCCUACGAAGAGGAGAACGGUGGCCUCAAGCAUGGCGAGGUGGCCGAUGCCUUCGGUAACGAGGAAUAUGCCGAGAUCAAGUACAAGACUCUGAAGUGGUGGCAAUGUGGUCUGCUUAUGAUUUGCGAGUCCGUCUCGCUGGGUGUGCUGUCGCUGCCUUCGGCGGUGGCUACGCUGGGCUUGGUGCCUGGUGUGAUCCUCAUUGUCGGCCUGGGUCUGCUGGCCACUUAUACCGGAUACAAUAUUGGCCUCAUGCGGGAGCGCUACCCUCACAUCCAGAACCUCGCAGACGCCGGCGAGAUCCUGGCGGGCCGCAUUGGCCGUGAGGUCUUCGGAGCAGGCCAGUUCCUCUUCUGCCUCUUCGUCAUGGGUAGCCAUCUCUUGACCUUCCGCGUCAUGAUGAACACCGUCACCGGCCACGCCGCCUGCUCCAUCAUCUUCAGUUUGCUCGGCAUGAUCAUCUCGCUCAUUCUGUCCAUUCCCCGUACGAUGCGUGGUAUGACCUGGAUCUCCUUCUUCUCCUUCCUGUCUAUCUUCAGCGCCGUUUUGAUCACCAUGAUCUCCGUCAGCGUGGAGCAGCACCCUGGUCGCGUCAUCGACGCCACCGUCGACCACAACCUGUACACCGCGUUCCAGGCCGUGUCGAACAUUGUCUUCGCCUACUGCGCCCACGUUGCCUUCUUCGGCCUGAUCGCCGAGAUGGAGACCCCCAAGGACUUCAAGAAGUCCCUGUUCAUGUUGCAGGGCUUCGAGAUCUGCCUCUACCUGACUGCCGCCGUGGUCAUCUACUACUAUGUCGGCACGGACGUCAAAUCCCCCGCGCUGCUCUCCGCCGGACAUAUCAUGAAGAAGGUCGCCUUCGGCAUCGCCAUCCCUACCAUUGUCGGCGCCGGCGUCGUCAACGGCCACAUCGGCCUGAAGUAUAUCUAUUUCCGCAUCUGUGCGAAGUCCGAUCUGCUCCACUCGCGCAGCUGGAAGUCCAUCGGCCUGUGGCUCGGCCUGGGCGUAUCCUGCUGGUUCGCCGCCUGGGUCAUUGCCGAGGCCAUCCCCGUGUUCAGUGACCUGAACAGUCUGAUCAGUGCCCUUUUCGCGUCCUGGUACAGCUACGGUCUGUCUGGCGUCUACUGGCUGCACCUGAACGCGGGCCAGUGGUGGGCGUCGCCGCGUAAGAUCGCGAUGACUGUGCUCAACAUGGCCAUUGUCCUCGUAGGUUUCAUACUAUGCGGGCUGGGUCUGUAUUCUUCUGGUACGGCUAUCCACAAUGAUCACGGCAGCAGCAGCUUCAGCUGCACGGCUGACAACUGA